UUGCCGAAAAGACACGAUCGUUUAUUAGUGUUAUGAAAAAUAACGUUAUUUAUUGUAUUGUGUAAUAACAAUAUAUUAUUGACAAUUUUUAACAACAAUUCUAAUGACUUUUUAAGUGAUUGUGGGUUAAUAAACGGACUGGUCAACUUCUGCUCAAAAGUGCCAUAGUUUGGAAUUUGGUUUAAGAUAUCUUCAGUAACGCCAUAGUUAAUCAUACUUCAGUGUGGUAAAGAAUGUUGUGACAGAGUACAAAGCGGCAUAAAAUGUGUUCUAAAUUCUUCAAUGCCGGAAGUGACAUAAGAACUUUUUUGUUCAUGAUUGUGUUAUUAUCAAUAAAACUGUGCAGUCCACAGGAUUUGAACGAUGAAUUUGUCAAUGAUGAGAUUUCAGAAUCCGUAACAGAUGUAAGUGUUAACACAGAGAAGAAUGUAAAAACAACUAACAAAGGUACUGCUGUGAAUUCUUGUAGAGCUAGUGAAUUGCUCUGUGAUACAGGGCAAUGUAUAUCAUUAGACAAAUAUUGUAAUGGAGAAGAUGACUGCGGUGAUAAAAGCGAUGAACCAAAAGCCUGUACACCGUGUAACAGGACUUAUAUGGGGGAUGUAGGUCGAACGUACGAGUUGGAAGUGCGCAGGCCAAGAGAGGAUCAUCUGCCGUUUAUAUGCAACCUUAAUUUCACCGCAACCGGUGGAAAUUAUGGAGAUAUUAUACAAUUAACUUUCGACACGUUCACUGUGGGUAAAUUCGUGUCGUUCACAUCUGACGGAUGUCCCGACGGUCACAUGACGAUCGUGGAGCGAAGCCCCUCGCCCCCUACUGGGCAAUGGUGCGGUUCUGCCUGGGGAUACACCGUGUACUUUAGCGAAUCAGAUUCUAUAAAUAUGACCCUACGACUCGAUAGAUUAAGUCAGCAGGGAGUCGGGUACAAUUUCGACUUCAAGUUGGCUUACAAGUUUCUACGUCGGAGCGAGGCCCGUCUGAGAUACGGAAACGCUACGGUGGGCGCGUGGCGGGGAGAACGGGUGCCUGGCACUUACUGCGACCGCAUUCUCACCGACUGCGAUCUAAGAGCAUGCCGCAUUCAGUCUCCCAACUUUCCCGGCGUGUAUCCACGGAACGCUACUUGCACGUACCGCAUUGAACAUACUAAGAUACCAGCGGAUAAACAUGUACUACUAGCUGUUAGACAAACGAACAGUCAUAAAAUACAUAUCAAAGAUCAAAUAGUUAAAUAUGACAGGAGUCAACGAGUUCUCAAGAUUUGGGAUCAGUGCAAUGUGGUUCAAGAUUACCUCACCGUAUGGGACGGUGCAACCCGCGAGUCUCCCGUGUUAGUUCGUCUCUGUGGAGGCGACGCGGUGCCCGACAUUGUAAGCCGGGGCCCGCACAUGCUCCUGGAAUUCCACACAUCCCCAUACGACAAUCCCUUUCAUCCGGUACCGUUGAGCUAUUUACCGGGAUUCGAACUGGAAGUACAGGUCUUAUACGUGGAUAAAGAUUCCCACUCGUACGUGCGCACUGACGGACGAUGUCGAUUUAUUCUACGCUCAUCUGACAAAACAAGCGGAAUAUUGAGGAACCCAAGGCAUUCGCUACCACCGAAUACGUCUUGCGUUUACUUCUUUCAGGGCCGUGCCAACGAGAUUGUUUGGGUGUCAUUUGUGAAAUAUCACGCUACGGGCACUGAUCCGGCCGGUUUUGAUCAGCAGAAAGACUGCUCAUCUCAACUCACCAUUUGGGACGGCGCAGCCCCUGAUGCCGACCUCGAUAGGAAGUUAGACAUGAGUGAUAAGAAGUUACUUCUGGGUUCGUUCUGCCGCGAAGAGUCGCCACGAUUGUGUGACCAUGCGCUCCUGUCCAAUGCAACUAGAGCAACUAGACCCUGCGCACCGAGCGAGAGCUAUAUAACCACUGGUCCAGCACUGACAAUAUUACAGGAACUACGUCAAGGAUCUGCGCUGUAUCCAGUAUCAUUCUUUCUCCGUUACGAAUUUGUCGACGUAAGCGAACAAGGACAACCCUUGACGGACUCUCGCUCCGCUUGCGACAGAGUUUUCAAAUCCGCACAAACCUAUUCAGGAAGAUUUCAAGCACCUCGGGCUAUAUUUUACUAUGGCAGAGGAGGCGCACAAAAUCUUACUUGUAUUUUAAGAUUCGAAGCGAAGUAUGGAGAAAGAGUGCAACUUACAUUUACCAAUACCUAUUUUGGCAAUAAAUAUUGUAUUACUUACAAAGAUAGUAGAAGCAGUCGUUGGGUAUGCGACAAACCAAUAAAGAGAACGAUCGGAGGCGAGGGGUACGCUCAAAUUAUUAUUACAGAGUAUCCUUGGGAGGGGGUACCAAUACAAAGAGACUGUCUUUGCACCAAUCGAUCGGAGCCGUUAAAUAUUCAUACCUUAACCGCUCCAGUUGUAGAAGUAAACUUCACUGUGACUAUGAUGAAUAUUACUGAAGAUUAUGAUGAUUUUGCAUUUGAUGGAGAAUUUAAAUUUGUACCUACUGGCUCCAGCGAUGAAUCGAUUUGUUCGUCGGGAUGGGGAGAUAGGCGAUUACGAGGAAGUAGUGGCGAGAUUAGGCUAUAUGACAAAAGACAGAUGCCCAUACCGCCAGAAAUUAUUGGUGAUCGUAAUGUUAUAUCAGAAAGCGUCAGAGCAGAAGUCGCAUGUGUACAUCGGCCAUGGCUUAUCGAACCUGGAGGUGAUGAAGUAACUCCAUUACAUGGCAGAUAUUUGUACAUGAAACUGCCAGGAUUUGAAAUGUCAACGACCUCAACAUUUUGCCCGACACCAAAUAGAAUAUACAUUUAUGAAGCUCAUGAUACAUCAAAACCAAAAGAAAUUUGUCCAGACGAAAAUGAGUCGAUGGAAUUGUUCUCCCCUGGUUGGAGCGCAGCCCAAACGAAUUUAGAAUCAUCUCUUAAGCCGCAUGCACGAAGUUAUGUAAUUGAUUUUCUACAACACGAACCAGCCGAUUAUUCAAUUAAGUGGAUAGAGGUCAUGAAAAAAUCCGCAAUGGAGAAUGAAGCUGACUCGGUAUUUUUUCAAACGUCCAUUUCACUCGAGUGCAGAUACAAGUGUCCAGAGUUAAACGCUUGCAUACCUUUCACGUUGUGGUGUGAUGGAAAUGCGCAUUGUCCUUCGGGGUAUGACGAGGAGGAUUCUAACUGUUCCUUCAGAAUUUCAUUGCCUCCUCCAUAUGUUGCCGCCGCUGCAGGCGUAAGCUUGCUGUUAUGUGCUAUAACUGUAGCACUAUGUGCAUGUCGAAGACGACGGAGAAAGGAGAAGCAAUUUAAAGCCAGAUUGGAUGGUGCAUUACCAUCUGAAGAAAGACCUUACGAUCGAGUCAAAAGUAAUGGUGUUGCAGAAACUAUACCUCAAUAUGCAACAGUUCAAAAGUAUGCAACAUUGGAUAAAUAUAGUUUAAGUCAAAAAUAUAGUGCCGGGUUGAAUGACGCGAGAUAUUACGAUGAAGUAUCUCAGAGAGAUAAAUUAGCAGAUAAUAGAUAUGCUAGUUUAGGUCGUGGUAAUCGAUGUGCCCGUACUGAUAGUAUUCGAGGUAAUGGUUCUAGAAGACCUAACCCCGAUAUAGGGUACCCAGAUUUAAAAGACGGUUUCUGUUGAUACAACUUUUUUGUAUCGAUUAUGUAUUUCUUAUGUAAAAUGGCAUUAGGUAAUAAAUAUUUAGUUUCACUUGGUUCUUGAGAA